AUAGAUCGCUCCGCGAGAAAUAAAAAGAUAUUGUUUACUUUCAAUAGUGGUUUACACACGUUUUACGAGCAACAUAAUGAUGAAUUCAAUGGGAAUGCACAUGCAGCAAGGAGGUGUAGUGCCUGGUGGCCCCGGCGGCUCUGUGGGUAUUGCCGGUCCUGUAGGAGUUUCUUCCGUAAUGAUGCAGUCCCCGCAGAUGCAGCAACAACAACAGCAGGUAGCUCAACAGCAACAGCAGCAACAACAACAGCACCAAGCACAGGCCCAACAGCAGCAACAACAGGCUCAGCAAACCGAGAAGGUGGACAAUAUUUCCAAGGUAAAAGGAUUGGUUGUACCUUUACGGGAUGCUUUAUCAACGACCAUCAAGACCGCUGCCCAGCUCCUACAGCAAAAUAAUCUGAACGAUGUUGGAACGAAAGGUAGUGAUAUGAACACCAGCACGCCAAGGUUCGAUAAGCAUUUAGAGGAAUUCUACUCCAUUUGUGAUCAAAUUGAACUAAAUCUGAAAACGGCCAAGUUAUGCAUGCAACAGGGUGCAUCAUCGCAGCAAUAUCUUCCCAUACCGGUAGCGCCAACUCAGCCGAAUCCAGCGGAAACGAACGCACUGUCCUACAGCCAAUACCUGGAUGUAGUAAAAAUUCAAAUUGGCUACGCAAAAGAUAUACAUGACACACUUAUUUGUGCAGCACAAAAUAUUUCACCUAGCGAAUGAUAGAAAAAGGAUAACAAGCUUUCGGAUUGAAUGUCAGCGAAGAAUGAGGUGUGAUUUAUUUUUAUUAAAUAUGGCCACUAGAACU